GGAAGCGUCGCUGCAGUCUUAUAGUCCCUCAUGGCGGCCGUAGGGACUUGGGCGCGGCGCGGCGGUGACUGAGCUGCGAGCCUGGCGGGCGUGCGCCGAGCCACGUGCCUCCCACCCCCGGGCUCUUCACCCUGAUGCUGCACGGGUGCUGAGCCCGUCCGGGUCGGGACGAUGGUGAAGUAUUUCCUGGGCCAGAGCGUGCUCCGAAGUUCCUGGGACCAAGUGUUCGCUGCCUUCUGGCAACGGUACCCGAAUCCCUAUAGCAAACAUGUCUUAACGGAAGACAUAGUACACCGGGAGGUGACCCCUGACCAGAAGCUUCUGUCUCGGAGACUCCUGACCAAGACCAACAGGAUGCCACGUUGGGCAGAGCGACUUUUUCCUGCCAACGUUGCUCACUCGGUGUACAUCCUGGAGGACUCUAUUGUGAACCCACAGAACCAGACCAUGACCACCUUCACCUGGAACAUCAACCACGCCCGGCUGAUGGUGGUGGAGGAACGAUGUGUUUACUGUGUGAACUCUGACAACAGCGGCUGGACCGAAAUCCGUCGGGAAGCCUGGGUCUCCUCCAGCUUAUUUGGUGUCUCUCGAGCUGUCCAGGAAUUUGGCCUUGCCCGGUUCAAAAGCAAUGUGACCAAGACAAUGAAGGGCUUUGAGUACAUCUUGGCCAAGCUACAAGGGGAGGCUCCUUCCAGAACACUCGUUGAGACAGCCAAAGAAGCCAAAGAAAAAGCAAAGGAGACGGCACUGGCAGCUACAGAGAAGGCCAAGGACCUGGCCAACAAGGCCGCCACCAAGCAGCAGCAGCAGCUCGUGUAGCUGCUCCCUUCCUCUCCCUUCUCCUCACUGUACUUGAUUAUUAAAGAUGCACCUCCAGCCCUCUCUGCUGUCUGGGUGGUGGGUUCGGGUGGUGUCCUGGUCCGCAUCUGCAGUACACCCGGCUCAGCGUCUACUGAGCCCAGCCUCCUUUUACCCCAUUGGGCAGAAAGGCGCAGUGACUUGCCCAGGGUCAGAAGCAGUACACAGGUGAAGCGGCGACACGUGAUAGACUGUGCGCUCCACGAGGGCAGGGCUCCUUGUUUUAUUCUCUGAUGUGUCCCAAGUACCCUGAACAAUAUUUAGCACAUAACAGGCACUCAAUAAACACAUGAAUUGAUUGGCCCCA